AUGCUCUCCUUUGGUAGUGAGCCUGUGGACCUUUCCAUGGGAAAUACCGGGCGUCUCACUCAUUCAUUGCUCCUAGGACCCAGUAGUCAUGGGCCGCUUCUCACCAGCUGUGUUGGAGGCGCCGUUUCGGCUUCCUCAGCAACAGCUCAGCGCCUUGCGGCGUAUGGCUUCAUAGGAGCUCCAGUCCUACCUUUUGCCUUGUCUUCUGGCAACGGGACAAAUGUCCUGGCUCCAUUGUCUCAGCUCCAGCAAAAGCAGUUUCAGCAGUAUGAUACAGGCCAAAGGCGCCACUCUGCACUUCCAGUGGCCACCCGGCCUAAUCCAAAUAUUCCCAUAAUCCUAAGUGCCCUGCGCCACCAUGUCCGUGCGCUGGUCCGUAUUAUGUACAGUAAACAGUCUAUGAAAUUGUCAGCACGAGAGCCUCUUGAGCAUGAGGCAGGGCAUACACAGCGGUCCUCUUGUCCAGUGCUGUACGAAUCUGACCCCGGAAUUGAGUACGGGGAUUGCCGUAACCUAAGUGAGCUCCAUAAUGCCAGUCGUAGCUACAUCGAAAGCCUGGUUUCAAAUGCCGAUGAGAAAAUUGGAGCGGCUUCUGAGACCCCUGUAAGACGCAGCGGUGACUCCAGCACGAAUAGUGACUGCAGACCGUCCAAGAUGGUCGUACUUGCUGCACGAAGUCAUGAUGUGGGCGCCGUUGCCCCUCGCAGCCCACCAACAGCUCCUCUCCUCCAGCACUCUGAGCGCUCAGGGAGUCAGGAAGAAUCUUUUGAGGUUGUUGAUGGCUCUACAUUAAGCAGGAGAGGCACGCCAAUAUCUGACGAUAGCGAGACGAUAGCAACAGCUUCACCACCAUUAUUGCUUGGUACUGGCGACGGUGCUACAGAGGGUUGGGAGGGGCAGUGUUUAUUUCAUGAGGAGCAUCUUGAUGCUUGUUCGCUUAACGAGUUCAGUGAGUACCUUCAGAUAUUCUCGUGUUUCUUAGGAUUGCCGCUGCCUGAGGUAUCCAAACAGGAUCCAUCCACACUGCAACACGUCAGGCUGCAGCUUUUGCUUUUAAGAAACAAUCAUCAGCAGCAGCCUGGAGGGCACCAUAACUUCAAGCCACUACUGCAGCGGUGGCUGCCUCUACUGCAAGUCUCCAGUUUGGGUUCUGGAGCAGAGAACGGUGUCAGUGGGGGUCCUUUCGCCAGCUACACAGCAGGAGCGAUUGCUUCAGUGGCUCCAUGCUGGCGCUUUACGGGGUCAGGACCCUCUCCGACAAUGGCGUUCGGUAGCAUUAGUACACCACUAAUCUCACCGAUUUCGCCCUCCCCUGGGACACACCUUUUGGCAGAUCUACCCCCUCUUGCAGCACCAGCAAGUACUAGGGAACAAACGACCAGUAACCGUACCGAAGCCACAGGAGAAUGUGAGAACUCAGCAGCAGGUCCAUUGGCACAAGGGGAAUCCCGAUUCCCCUCUUCCUCAGUGGAUGCGUUUAGUGUGGACGGUCCCUCAAGUGGAAGCAACCUACCUCGCAGCGGCAAGAACAGUGAUACUGGUGUUAUAUCAACAUUUCCGACGGAUUUCGUGUCAUAUACGGUCCCCACAUCCCUUGGCCCAGCAGCAGCAUGUGAUGCAUCUACUGCUGCAGCUAGUGUCUUGUCACGCCCAACUGAAAGAGAAAAAACACUUUCAUGGAGCCCCGAGUGCACUGUUGCAGCAGCGGGGGCGCUGGCAACCGCUACGGCGCUUCGGUUGCCCCCUAUUGGUGUCAAUCGAGUUGGCUUGGGAGUCCCUGGGCUAACAGGAGACGGGAAGAGUAUUGGGCUUGGAGGAACGUUCUCUCUGCCUGAAGUUGUGGCAACAAAUCUGGCGCACCAGGGUACAGAAGGACCCACAGAGGCAUCUGCUAAUACUCCCGGCUGUAGUGGGGUAGGAACUUUCUCGAGUGGAGAAUCAGCUGCAUUGCUACCUGCCUCUGCUCCAUGUGAAUGGAUGCGUGACGGGGCAGCGCCCACACUUAGCAGCAUGCCACCAGGUGCUGCCUUUUCCUCUUAUCUUUUUCUUAAUAACAGGCAACCCCCUGGCGAUCACCCUGCUCCUUCAUUUGUUGAAGCAGCAGGUAGUGUGCGAGGGUCAUCCACUGGAGGACCGACUAGCCCAGCCGACGUAGGGUUAGUAAUAUCAGCAGAGGGCCUCAAUCAAGGGAAAAACCAGAGGGGCAAUGUACAAGUGACUUUCUCUCCACAGUUAGGGGCCUGGGUUGUAUGCUGCGCAAGUGGACUGCUGCAACAGAGCAGGGCUUUCUCUGUAGCCUUGCUCGGGUUUGAAGGAGCGAAGAAGAAAGCGCAGCAAUAUGCGACGCAUUGCCGGCGUCAGUGUUCUUCGAAGCGGGCCUCUUGCCGCACAGGCAAAGAAAAGGAAGAAACAAGAGACGACGGAUGUACAGGGGGGCCCCGGGUAGUCAAGGAAAUAGGUAGAAGGUCUGCCUGUGGUGUACCAGUCGUUCCCCAGGUGACGCUGGGGCUCACAGGACCCCCAGGAGGAGCAUUUAAUUUGGCGAAAAGCAGCAGUGAGGAGUUCAUUUUGCCAAAGAGUGACUUUUCAGCUAGUCGCGUGGCUCGGCUAAGCCGCAGGGCGAUGGAACUACCGUACGUUCACGGUGUUCGUUUUGAGGCUGCGAACUUCGCCUGGGUAGCGCAGAUGAGAGGUGAGGCCAGGCGCUUUUUAGUUAAGAAGCAUGGCUUUGUCAAGAGUAGACUGUGUGCUAUUGAGAAGAUUGAAAUGUGGAGGGCUGCCUUGCCGCCCGAAGCCCUCGCCAGUGAACUCAAAGCCGAACAGGAUGUAUUAGCAAUGGUACCAGCCGCGUGCCUUGAGGAAGCAGAUCUGAAGGAGAUAUAUGCGGUGGAAGAGUCCAUGCGCCUAAAGUUCCAGCGCAGAAUAUUAACUCCUAAGAGUAGCGUUCAAGGGAAUCCUCCUGCCGCUACAAAAAGACAGAGAACUAGUGAUCUGAACGACAAUAAAGAGGCAGCGAAGGCGUCCGCAUCGCAUGACUUUGACGUGGAGCAUUUCCUACCACAGCCAGAUCAUCAUGUGACCGACGCACAGCAAAUUAAUGUCCAGAGAGAUGCUUUAUAUGAAGAACAACGAUAUCCGUUUCAGCAUAGCCAGCAGCAGUCGCUACAAUCAUCUCAGCAACAGCACAUGGAGCAUCAUCAGCAGCAACCGUUACAACACCACCAGCUGCUGCGGAGCACUGCUGCAUUAGCCCCGGUGAAGGACCACACGGCAGGGCGCAAUACUUCGCUACAGCAGCCACAUCAGAUGAUGCUGCCGCUACAAGCCUUUCGCACAAGAGGGCAUCAACAGCAGCUGCUCAAUCAAUUAGAAACUUCGCAGCUUGGAAAUCUCGCCAGGUUUCAGUCACAUGGUGAGUGCCAGGGAGCAUGCCACAUAAGCCUAGGGAUCGAGAACGGGAGGUACAUCAAGAGUACUUUAGCAAGCGGAUUCUUUCCAGAA